UCGAGGUUGUGAUUUGUGUUUGAUAUAUUCAAAAGUCGGUCUUACAAGUGAAAUGUCAAUCCGCUCAACUGGCCUACGGGCUUAUAAGUCUGCACAGACAAUCGCGUCUCGAAAAUGGGCGUCGACUUUGGGUGCAAGCAAAAGUCGAGAUCGUUUAUCCAUUUUGGGUAACGGUUCAUUAACAAAGCAAGAUACUCUAAGCCGCAUAGAAGCGUGGCAAGGAGCUGCAGAAAAGAAUGGGGUUGUUUUGCAGCCAACAAACUCGGCAGCCAUCCUUGUAUCAAGAGACCUUUCGAGAUGGCUUGACGACUCAGAAUUCAUGUCAGCGCUCAUCUCUAGUCUACGUCUUGGCAGCUCAGAAACGUCCCAGACGGAUGUAAAUAUUCUCAGCGCAGCAGUGGAUAGCCUUUGCCCCCAGUCUCUGCAUGGCACGCCCUCAAGUGGCCUUUCCAUCCUUCAGGGUGACCAAGACGCCAUUCUCCCGGGUCUAUGGCAGCAAGAAUCUGGAGCGAGAUCAUCAAACUUGAUGCAACGCUCAGAAGACGCGCGCCCAUCCAUUUCGAUGCGUCUGAACCCAUUCCUUGGUGACUUUCGCGCAGUAGAAGCCACCAUACCCCUGGCGAACACCGUUUUCCAAAAUGCUCGGCCGUUCACGCUUAUUGCCAGCAAGUGGAGGCAUGAGUCGACCACCAGCACAGCGCCUAGGCUCAUCGAUGCACUGGAAAAGGAAACCCAACGCAUCGUGGCAUCUAACGGAAGCAUCCAGUCACAUGCCAACAUCUCUGUACCUAUUUUCCCUUUGACUUCACCGAGGAGAAUAGCAUCGGGUCUCGGCAACAUCGUGCGCCAGGUUGAGGUGGACGGCUCUCCGGUCCCUGCGUCGGAGGAGCUCGAGACUGCUAUGCACGCUCUCAUUGACACACGCGCGAGGCUGCUGCCGGAAGCUGGUCCGACUUCCAACAGGACCUGGGCAUUGGUUGUUCCUGAGGACUCUGCAAGCCUUGAAUUCCUCAAAGGUUUAUCUACUUCUGUAGACGAGGCUGGUGUCAAGAACGAGCAAGAAAGGGCAGAGACUUUUGCAAGACACUUCUCCGAGAUUCUUGCUCAGGGCGGCCGUCUACACCGAGUCUUGAGCGGUGGAGGUGGCUGGGGCGCCAAAAGGGGCCUGCUGUCCCUUGACCCGCAGACUACUUAUUCUUCAUCAGGGCCGGAAGAUUUGGAGACUUUUAUGGCGGCCUUUGGGGGCGAGACUACACCAAACAGUGUUGUAUCACCAGGAUCAUACAUCCAGUUCCUGGUCGAGCCGCUGCAGCCAUCGCCGUCGCAAGAAACACAGCGACUCCCUUCGCUGCUUCUCGGAACCACGCCCUCAAAUACCGUCGAAUUGGGCGAGGCAGACCAUGCCAGUGGCAAGCAGCUCUCUACUCUCGUAGAGGGACAUUUUGGUGCCUUGUCAAACUCGGGUAUCUAUGUCAACCUUGCCUCAAGCUCGAAUGGCGGAAGCCAUCCAGGUCAUAUACUUACCAAGGUCGAUGCCCCGAACUCUUACUUGUGGGAAGGAUCAAGUCGUUGGAUAUACCGGCCUGGAUGCGGAACAGAGCGGGGUCGAGUGGCCAGUAAAAUCUGCACUAUAUGCGCUUGUGUUCCCAGCAUCUCAGGCGUUGGCGUACAUGACGACGCCCGAUCGGCCAUGUCUUUUGGCUACUCUGUUGACGAUCUCAUAGCGGGCGCCAACAUGACGCAGAAGCUCAUCCGCAUCAUGUCCGGCACGAGCGGCGCCAGCAUCGAAUACCAGGAGGCCAUGGCCGAGCUGUGCGCGAUGCAGGACGCCUUUAUACAGAUCAGCAGAAUGCACCGCGUGAGCGGCGUGCGGCUCUUCCCGCAAGCCACGGUGAACGCCGUGUCGGUCAUCGUGAUAUAG